GUAUUUAUGUCAUAAGUUUUGAUUUGUCGUGUUAUCUUUUGUGUUUGGCCGUUAUCGUCAAUUUUCUUUAUUAUCGAUAAAUGUUAAUACAUCGAUUGGGGAAAAUUCGUCCAUUGCUGUGUCAGAUAUCCGGCAGCGAUGUCGUGUGAAUUUAGAGAAUUAUGCCUCGUCGCUUCUGGGGUCUAAGAAGGUUGAUAAGAAUGCCUUUAACGGAGGCUGGGGACCAAUAUUCAGUAUGGGUGGGUUUAAUUUACGUUUUCAACCUGAUUGUUGGGACGGGGGCACUAACGCUUCCGGCUGCGUUUGCCCGUGCUGGAUGGGGUCUCAGCACCAUAUCAUUGAUGUUCUUGGCGUUCAUGAGCUUCCUCAACGCUACCUAUGUCAUAGAGACGAUGGCCUGCGCUAACGCUGUGUUCAAGUGGAAGAGACUGCAAACUAUUAAGAGGGAAAGUAUACAAGACCAUGAUUCGGAUGAAGAUCCAUCAACAUCUCAAAACAAUCACGGUGACUUAGAAGAGCCUCUGGUCUGCGGUGACAACAUCCCUUCUCGCUACUACAGUUUAGACCGACGAGUGGAACUGGGGGAAAUGGCGAACUUGUUCUUUAACAAGAUCGGUAGAACAACCUUCUAUUGUUCUCUGUGCAUAUAUUUGUAUGGAGACCUAUCUAUCUACUCAGCAGCGGUUGCUAAGUCUAUCAUGGACGUGGUGUGUACCCCAAUCCCCCCGAACAUGACGGACUCCAAAGUCUGGGAUGAGCUGCCUUGCUUCAACAUAUCCUCCACGGACCGCACUGGCUAUACCCGGUUCGACACGUACCGGGUGGCCUUGCUGACGUUCGUGGCAGCUAUGGGCCCCUUCGUCUUCUUCAAUGUGCAGAAGACCAAGUAUUUGCAGUUGUUCACUUCUGGCAUGCGGUGGUUGGCGUUCACGAUAAUGAUCUCAAUGGCGAUUCACCUGCUAGUGGGUCGUGGUGCACAGGGCCACCCGCCGGCCUUCGACGUGACGGGCUUGCCCACGCUGUUCGGCGCAUGCGUCUACUCCUUCAUGUGCCAUCACUCGCUCCCAGGCCUCAUCGCCCCCAUCAGGGGCAAAUCACGCCUAGGCCUCCAUCUCUUCUUCGACUACGCCAUCAUAGCGAUGUUCUACCUCCUCCUAGCUUUCACCGGAGCCUUCGCCUUCGCGCACCUCAACGACCUAUACACCCUUAACUUCAUCCCCGCAGAUAACGACAACAUAUUCCUAGAAGUCGUAGAAUAUUUCCUCGCCUUGUUCCCAGUGUUCACUCUCUCUACCAGUUUCCCUAUCAUUGCUAUAACUUUGAGAAACAAUUUACAAAGCUUGUUCUUAGAUACAACGAGAUUGGAAUCGUAUAAUUUCAUUUUAAGGAAAGUUCUGUUUCCUAUAAUCACGGUUGUUCCCCCAGUAUUGCUGACGUAUUUCUUAGAGGAUAUAAGUAUAUUAAUAGAGUUUACGGGUUCGUACGCUGGGACGGGUAUCCAGUACUUCAUACCGACAUUCUUGGUAGUGUCCGCGCGGCGCCACUGUACGAACCUGUUAGGGUUAGGCGUAGUGAAUAAGUAUAAAAGUCCAUUUUCACACGUUGCGUGGGCUAUAUUUGUCCUGCUAUGGUCAUUUAUGUGCAUUAUUCUAGUUUCAGUAAACAUAUUUGAGAAGAAUUUAUGACAUUAAUGCGUUAGGAUCUAUGUUAAGAAAUCUGUUUACGUAUCUAUAUCAAGUGUUUUAUGUAAAAUCCAGUGAGGUAUCAAUAAUUUUACAACUUUUUAAUUAUUAGGAUUUUGAACCAUAUUUUCCCUCAAUAAAUUAUUCAAAAUUAAAACGACAAUAUGCAAUGUGUUCAUAUCUCUUCCCUACUGUGUGUGUCAGUAAUCGAGUUUUCAUUAGUAAUUUUUCACAAGUAUUGCCGA